AUUAUGCUCGAAAUGUUUUCCCUGUUGGAACCCAUAGCUCAGCCACUACCAUUACAGCUACCGCAGGAGUCCCUUGAAUUCAGAGCUUCUAAGAUUUCCUUUCACAAAUCAAAACCAACUCGGCGACGUGAUUUUCCACAACCCAUCUCGACGAGCCCGGCCCAUUUUUCUCCUUUGGACGACCUCGUAAAUUCGAGCACCUAUGCUUCAGCGCUUGAGUCCUGCAAAUGCCCCAGGCUGGGUAAACAAGUCCAUGCGCAAGCGCUCAAAAAUGGGUUUCACGGUCACGAGUUUGUUGAAACUAAGUUGCUUCAGAUGUAUGGAAAAUGUGGUUGUUUUAACGAUGCAGUUUUCUUGUUCGACAAAAUGCGUGCUAGAAACUUGUAUUCGUGGACAGCUCUGCUUAAUGUCUAUUUAAGUGAUGGGCUUUUCGAGGAAGCUUUUGAUUGUUUUCAACAGGUUCGAUUUGAGGAUUUUGAUUUGGAGUUUUUCUUGUUUCCUGUGGUAGUGAAGAUUUGUUGCGGUUAUGGUGGCAUUGAAUUGGGGAAGCAAUUACAUGGCACCGUGAUAAAAUAUGGAUUUGCAUCCAACAUUUACGUGGGAAAUGCUCUGAUUGAUAUGUAUGGAAAAUGUGGGAGUUUAGAGGAUGCAAAAAUGUUUUUGAGUAACAUGUCAGAGAGGGAUUGUGUUUCUUGGAAUUCAGUCAUUUCUGCUUUUGCUGCCAAUGGAAACUUAAUUGAAGCACUAGAAGUUUUGGAAAAGAUGUCUGUUGAGGACCAUUUAGCUCCAAAUUUUAUUUCUUGGAGUGCUUUGGUAGGUGGAUUUUCACAGAAUGGAUACGACGAAGAGGCCAUUGAAAUGCUCUACAAAAUGCGAGCUGUUGGCUUCCAACCAAAUGCCCAAACGUUGGCAAGUGUACUUCCUGCUUGUGGUAGAUUGCAAAUGCUAUAUUUGGGGAAAGAAAUUCAUGGAUAUCUGACCAGACAUCAAUUGAUGUCUAAUUCUUUCGUUGUUAACGGCUUAAUUGAUGUGUACAGGAGGUGUGGGGAUAUGGGAAAUGCAUUCCGUGUAUUUUCAAUGUUCUCGACCAAAAAUGAUGUCUCUUACAACACCAUGUUAGUGGGAUACUUUGAGAAUGGAGAAAUUUCAAAGGCUCAAGAGCUGUUUUAUCAAAUGCAACGCGAAGGCAAAUGGAAAGAUAUAGUAUCAUGGAAUUCAAUGAUUUCAGGAUAUGUAAACAACUUUAUGUUCGAUGAAGCUUUGAAUACGUUUAACAAGGUGAUGUGGAAUGAGGAAAUUGAAGCAGAUACUUUCACCCUUGGUAGUGCUCUUGCUGCUUGUGCUGAUAUGGGUUUUUUACGACGUGGGAAGGAGAUACACUCCUGUGCCAUUGUUAGGGGUCUGCAAACAGAUGCUUUUGUUGGUGGGGCACUUGUAGAAAUGUAUAGCAAAUGCUUGGAUGUUAAUGCUGCUCAGAAAGCUUUUGAUGAGGUGAAUGAGAGGGACAUACCAACAUGGAAUGCUUUGGUAUCUAGCUAUGCACGUUCUGAUGAAAUGGUUAGUGUUGAAUGCAUUCUUGAGAAGAUGAAGGCAGAUGGAUUUGAUCCAAAUAUUUACACAUGGAACAGUAUUAUUGCUGGCCAUGUUGAGAAUGCCCGUAAUGAGUCAGCUCUGCAGUUAUUUCUGGACAUGCAAUCCUCAGGUUUGAGGCCUGAUAUUUACACGAUUGGAACAGUAUUACCAGCCUGCUCAAGGUUAGCGACUCUUGACCGUGGAAAGCAGAUUCAUGCUUAUGCAGUUAGGUGUGGAUAUGACUCAGACACCCACAUAGGAUCGGCUCUUGUGGACAUGUAUGCAAAAUGUGGAUGUGUCAAGCAUGCUAGACUGGCUUAUGAUAACAUUAAAAAGUAUAACUUGGUCACAGAGAAUGCAAUGCUUACUGCAUAUGCUAUGCAUGGAUAUGGGGAGGAAGGAAUUGAUUUCUUCCGCAGAAUGCUGGAGAAUGGAUUUAUACCAAACGACAUAACCUUCUUGUCAGCUCUUUCAUCGUGUGUCCAUGCAGGAUUACUAGAGACCGGACUGGAGUUCUUUGACCUGAUGGGAUCUUACAAUGCAAAACCGACAUUAAAACACUACACAUGUAUAGUUGAUCUUUUAAGUCGAACAGGUAAGCUUAAUGAAGCAUUGAAGGUCAUUAAAGAGAUGCCUUUGGACCCUGAUACAGUGAUCUGGGGUGCCUUGCUUGGAGGCUGUAUUAUCCAUGGGAAUCUUGAGGUUGGUGAAAUUGCAGCAAACAAGCUCAUCGAGCUAGAACCAGGAAACACUGGGAAUCAUGUCAUGUUAGCAAAUUUAUAUGCUUCUGUUGGAAGAUGGGGUGAUCUUACCAAAACAAGACAACUCAUCAACGAGAGGAAAAUGCACAAAAGUCCUGGAUGUAGUUGGAUUGAAGACAAAAGUGAAAUACACGUAUUUGUAGCGUGCGAUACAUCCCAUCAAAGAACAGAUGAGAUUUAUGAAAUACUAGAUAUAUUGACAACACAAAUAAAAGUAGAACAUUAGAACGCAUUGUACUUUUGUAUAGAACAAAUAAUUUACAAAAAUACACAUUGUAAGA